AUGUCGUAUCUUGCAAGUAAAACGCUUAAUGAUAACAAACCUAACGUUGAGAUUCCAACAUAUUAUAACACUAGAACCGAUUUCGAAGCUGUAAAUGCUGAAACAGCUGAAGUGACUAAUAAUUACGACGAGAGUUUGAGUAAUAACAGGAUCCCAGAUAAUUUAUACAAUGUUGAAGAUCUCGCAGACACAUUUCACGCAGUCACAUACCCGCAGACACAUGCCACGCAGUCACAUCCCCCGCAGUCACAUCCCCCGCAAUCACAUCCCCCGCAAUCACAUCCCCCACAAUCACAUCCCCCGCAGUCACAUCCCCCGCAAUCACAUCCUCCGCAAUCACAUCCCCCACAGUCGCAAUUACUGCAAUCACAUAUUGCACAGUCACCAUCACUUGUUCCGUCUCCAUUAGAAUCGCCACCGAUAGAUACACAACGGCAACAAGAGCAAGAUAGACAUAUAGUGCCUUCGUCGUCGCUACUGUUGUAA